GGCUGAUGAUUGCCGCCAAAUCAGAUUUGAGAAAAGAAGUCGUUUAAUAUGAAGCUUUUGUGUUUUAACUUUAUUAGACGGCUCUAAAAGAAAACAUUUCAUGCUAAAAAUACACAGAUUACUCUUUUGGUCUCAUCGUGAGGGUGCCAUGUGCGGAAACAUUCAGAGAAAGUGGGACAUAGCAACGAGUUAGCGGGGUUUCGUCGUGAUCAUUACAGCUGAUAAUUUUUGACCGUGGUAUGCCAGUUUCCUCGGCCAUGGACGGACCUCCCUCGUUUUCCGUUGCUGAGGAUGGAGACGGAAGACAUUUCAGCGAGAUCUAUGCUCGUCAGUUGAUCUCCAAGAUAAGCAGAGAGGAGCUUGAAGACAAAUAUUUGAGGCUUCAGGAGGACAAUCAGGAGUUAAAGAAAUAUGCAAGGAAGCAGGAGGAGAAGAUCAAAAAGAUGGCAACUAAGCUGUUGCGAUUGGUGCAUGACAAGAAAAGGGAAGCCACAGAUGGAGUGUCUGCUGUAAACAAUGUGGAUACAAGAGAGAAAAUGGCAGAUCUGGAAGCUAAAAUUGUAGAUUUAGAAAAGCAGAAUGUUGGAUUGAAAAAUAAGCUUACAGUUGCCAAGCAACAACUACAGACCCAAGGGAAGCGUGCCACACCUUAUGAUCAUGUGAAACCUCGUGUCCAAACAGGUAUUCAUGCCAGAACACCAUCAGGAAACCGACUGAAGAAAGAUUUAAGAGUUCAAGGCCAUGAUAUGAAACCUGGAUCAAGAGUACCACCUCCAAUGCUACCUCAACCAAGGUAUGGACACAGUCUUCUUGAAGAAGCAAGACUGGAAAAAAGGGAACUAGAGGAGCUUAUUGCCCAACUUCAAGAUCAAAUUCAGUUACUUGAUGAAGAUGGAGCCCAGUUAAGGGAACAGUUGAGGCAAACCAAACUGCGCCAUGAAGAUGAAAUAAUGCAAUUGAAAGAACAGGUUUCAGAUGCCCAAAGGUCAAAUAUUCAAGAGAAUGUUGACUUGAUAAAACUUCAGAGGGAGAUGAAGGAAAAAGCAACAAAGUUUGAAGCUCUGCAGGCCAAGUACUUAAAUCUAGAAGAGAAUCUUGCCAAAGUAAAAGCAAGCCACACUCAGGUUCUUGAAGAUAUGGAAAAACUAAAUGAAGAACUUAAAAAGGAACAAACAAAGAAUUUUGCUUUAAAGAAUGACCUCAAGACUGGAGGAAUAGCAUCAAAGUCAUUGUCAGAGCAACUUCAGAUGAUUGGAGAUCUAAAAGCAGAGAAUGCUAUCUUGAAGGAAGCAAAUGAAAACCUGGUCACCAGUGCUUUUGAUGCCGAACGCGAAAGACAGCACAGAGCAAAAUACAGGCAAAUGGAGGUGGAGAUGGAGCAGUUAAGAGCUACUUUGCAUUCAGAUUUACAGGAGAAAAAUGAUAUUCUUGACAAAUUAACCAGUGAGAGAGAGUCUGCUGAAAAAUUAAAUGCGGAGCUACGUGAACUGAGGGUACAACAUUAUACAUUAAAAGAACAGUAUGAUGACUUGAAGGAAAAGAUGAAGUUCUUUACCAAGGAAAGUGCGGUGGAUUUUCAGGAAAUCGAAGAAGCUCUCGUGCUGAUUAAACACAGGAAAGAGAAAGGAAGCCAGGACUUAGAUUUCUUGGAAAAAGUUGAUGACGAAAAGAGCAAAGAUAUGAAACGACAAGUACAAGAAUUACAAGCUGCACAUGCGGACACAAUCAAUGAGCUCGAGAAAACAAGAAAUAUGUUGAUUAUUCAGCACAAAAUUAAUAAAGAUUAUCAAACAGAGGUGGAGCGGGUAACCAAGAAGAUGACUGAAGAUAAGAAAGAGUACGACCUUAAGAUGCAAGAGUACGCUCAGUUACUGGACAUUCGGGCCGAUAGAAUCCGAAAACUUGAAAGUCAGAUGCGUGACGUAGCAUACGGAACCAAGCAGUACAAAGCUGCUCCUUUAGAGCAGGACUCCGAGUUCGAAGAAAUGGAUAGCACGGUAGAACUGGAGCGAGGUCAAAACAUCUUCGAAAUUCACAUUGAUAAGGUUAUAUUGUCUCAGGAAGCCAUGAAAGAGUUUGAAGAUGAUGAACCGGUGACGUUUGUGACGUAUGAGUUUUUUGAACAUGAGCUUCAGACGACGCCCGUUGUUAAGGGGACCAGACCCGAAUUCAAUUUUACCUCACAGUAUCUUGUGAGAGUCGAUGAUUUCUUUCUUCAUUUCUUACAAAAGGAAUCCACGUUGAUAGAAAUCCAUCGAGCAUUUGGAACGGACUACAAGACUGUGGCAGCUUGUCAGCUGAAGUUUAGAGACCUUCUUGAAAAACCUCACGGCAGAGUUCACGGCACUGCCACGCUAAUUGGCACUAGGCCCCCAUGCCAAGGCAUCGAGUUCGCGACCUUGGAAUACUGGGUCAGACUAAGAGUUCCCAUGGACCAAGCAAUCAGAUUGUAUAGAGAGCGUACCAAAGCACUUGGUUAUAUGAACUCUGGAGCAUAUAAAGCCCUUGAAGACGCCGGUCACGUGCCAGACAAACCGCCCUCGGACGUCAAUGAGCUCGACAUUCAUGUCGUCAGAUGCAAUGCAGUUCAGCCGAGGAGACCAGGAAUACAGCCCUGUCCGUACGCAGUGUACCGUUUCUUUGACUUUGCUGAUCAUGACACAGAUAUUGUGCAGAGCACCAACACGCCUGAGUUUAAUGAUGUCAAGACAUUUCCUGUCCCCAUGACAACUGAGCUUGACACUUACCUCAGAGCUGCGGCGCUGGAGAUCUAUGUAUUUGAUGACGCAGAUCCCGAACCUACGGUGUACUUGGGACUGGCUAAAGUACCAUUGAUAACAUUAGCUAACGACAAACCAGUCAAGGGAACGUUUGAACUUAGGAAACCCUCGGGAGGUGUAAACGGAACAAUUGAUGUUUACCUGAAAUGGAGAUAUACGUAUCUUCCGGCCAGUGCUAAGCCCCGCGCGGCACCUCAGCGUGUGAUGCGUAUACCUGAUGAUAACGAGCCGUUCAGCUCUGACAGUGAAACUGCAUUUAAACCUGUCGUCAAAUCACCUAAAAAGAGAGGAAAACCUCUGACAGUGAACCUGCAUUCUGACAGUGAACCUGAAUUCAAACCUGCCGUCAAAUCACCUAACAAAAGAGAAAAACCUCCAUCUCCGGUUGACUCGUCCACCCCUAAACAGGAACAACGUGAGGAAAAAGUGGCCAGACGAGAGUCGGCUCAGCUGCAACGAAAGCCGUCGGAUCAAAAAGAGAAAAGUGAAGCUAGAGUAGAAAAGGAGAUAAAAGAAAAGCUACUUGAGUCCAUGUCAGUUGAUGAGUUAGUUGAGGCGACGGCACAGAAACCUCAGCCUGCCCCGCGCACGCGCAAAGUGGAGCCUGAGAAACCCGUGGAGGAGAUGUCUAUUGAUGAGAUGGCUAAGGUGGUCGAAGAAACGAGAGAGGAGCCUGGGAACAAUGUGAAAUCUACGGGAGAAAUCAGUGAGACCUCUGAAGAUGAACAGAAUGAUAAAGCUCUUGUAGCAGAGGAAAUGAGGCGAACAACUGAAGCAGAAGCUAGCGAGGACACCAUGUUUGAGGAGCGGCAUUCUGAAUCCGAUUUCGAUUCGACACUUGGUGAGGAGGUGGACAUACCCCUUCCUGCGGCGGAGUCCGGGGAAGAGCUGGACGAGGAAGGAGAGGAAAAUGAGGAGGAGAUUGAUGAGGAAGUUGAGGAGGAUGAGGAGCAGGAUGAGGAAGAUGUAGGCCAGGAGGAAAGUAAGGAGAAACAGGAGAAGGAAGAUGAUGCUGUGGAGAGUGGAACUGAAACAAGUGAAAAUGAAGUGGUGGUCUCUCCGAGGCAUUCUCGAGCAAAAUCUGUGGUCAAUCCUACUUCUACCGUUGUUAUUCAAGUUACCAGUCUUACCCUAGACUCAGAGGCACCGAUCUUACAAGACCCGAACGUCAAACAACUCUUUGUAGCUUACAAGUUCCUGGACUACGAACCCGCUGAUCUGGAAACGCCAAUUUCAUUACCAAAGCCCGCACCGUACAGACCGAUAUACUAUAACUUCAAGAAAGUUUUUUAUGUGGAUGAAGAAAAAAAUGAGGGAAAGAGAAAUUACUUGAUCUACAUGCUGUCCAACGAUCCUAAACUCGUGUUCACUGUGGUUAGUGACCCACCUGACGAUGAUGACGAAGGGGACUGUGUUGACGUAGCUUAUGCGUCCGUGGAUUUUCAGGAGAUUUUAUAUGAAGGGGAUGUCAUUGACAAGGAUUUAGCUCUUUAUGACACUGAAAGUCAUUCCGAGAUCGGAACACUCACUGUCUCUGUGGAAGCAACAGAAGCUCUACGAGACUUGUACAAGGAUCAGUGAAUCCUCGAAAGAAUCUCCAUAAAUUCUUAACCAGGAACUUUCCGCCAAGGAUGAAAAUUUUGCAUUAAUUUUAUUUUACAAGCUAGCGAUUUUUAUUGUAUUGGAGGAAAAAAAAAUUGUGGUUCUAGAUAUCUUGAAUUUCUACAAGGAGCUAAUAAUUUUUUGCAAUUUUUGUUCAAUAAGUAGAAGAUAAACAAGGCGAAAAUCGUAAUAACUUUUUUUCUAGCUUUUCGAGUUAUGCGAGGGAUAAUUGCACGGUGGAUGACUCUUGGAGGUAUAUCUGGAGCAAGUCUGAAUACCAAGAACACGAAUUCACACUCGACCCGCCUGCCGAGUCUCUUAACUGUAGGAAUGUGAUUUUUGCGACGAUUCACUGCGUGUGAUUUUUUUUUCCAGUAGAAACUUAUUUUUGCUGAUGGAGGCUGUUCGAAAAUAAAAACCCGCAAGAUUAUAUUCUCUACAGUAAACACAAAACUAUCCAUACAUGUUCACGCUAGAUAACGAACAGAAGUUGAGAUUCUUGGGAAAAUUACAGCAGAGACUGGAAUAUUUUUAUUAAAAGGGUGUAUUUAGUGUCGCAUUUUGUAAGUCUUAAAAAUUGUACUCUUGUAAUUAGAUUUAAAUAGGCUGUUGAAGUUAUUUAUUGAAAGUCUCAUUUUAAAAAGAGAAUAAAGCGUGUCUUAAAAAUUU